GUAGAUGACUUAUUUUUCAAUAAUUUAAGUGCUGUGCUAAAUUUAGUACCUAGAUGUAUCGCAACAUAACAGCCUUGUGACAAUUUGUGAUUUUCCAUUCUCAUGAAAUUUUACAGUGGGUGGCGGCGGUGGGGGCAAAGUUCAGUGCAUACAGUAAUAAUGUAGGCCGCAAGGCUGAAGAAACGCUAAACCCUGCCGAGAAUUUUCGAGAACCUUCCCGAAAGCGACAACAAAUACAACAACGGCCAAAACCACAAAUUUACACUUCGAUCAAGCACGACAUCCUUCCUUCUUGUACCAGCUCAUCUCCCACCAUCAUCUCCCCCUGACCGAUCAUCAAAGCUUCUUGCGACAAUUUCUGAUUAGAAGGUCUCGGCCCACAAGCCGAACACACCCUAGAUUACUACCCCAUUUCCUACAAGCGAAACAGAAGAAAACAAAGACCACCACCACCACAACCAUCACCACCACCAGCAGCCAUGGACAAGAACUUAAACGAGCUCCUGAAGUGGAGCAUCGAGGCCCAGACGGCCAGCGAGGACCGCACAGGCAACGCGCAGCCGACGACCCAGCUCACCCCGGAGGUUCUCGCCUCCCUCCUCGGCGGGCCCUCGGACGCGGAGCUCAUGGUCCAGUCCAUGCAGGUCAUCACCGCGCCCGACCCCUCCAUCCCACUCGACGACCGCCUGACUGCCUUUGACAACUUCGAGCAGCUCAUCGAGUCCCUCGACAACGCCAACAACAUGGUCACCCUGAAGCUGUGGCCCCCGCUGCUGUCCAUGCUCGCACACGACGAGGCCGAGCUGCGCCGCUAUGCCGCCUGGUGCAUCGGCACCGCUGUCCAGAACAACGAGAAGUCCCAGGCUGGUCUGCUCGACGCCGGUGGCCUGCCGGGGCUGGUCGAUAUGGCCACGAAGCCCGCUGAGAAGGAGGCCGUCAGGCGGAAGGCCAUCUACGCGCUCAGCUCCGCCUGCAGGAACUACCAGCCCGCCAUGGACAUUGUCGCUGCUGAGCUGGAGAAGAAGGGAACGCGGAAGGAGGUGGAUGGGAAGGUGGACGCGACAAACAUGGAUGCUGUGGACGAGGUGAUGAAUGGCCUCAAGAACAAGAUCAAGGAAGAUGCUGCCAAUGCUGCGGCUUAGGUGGGACGGAUCGGCGACGACAAAGGAACGGCUACAUGAUACCCAGAUAUUCAUGAAAGGUCUUGCAUGGGCGGCGUUUGAGGGCGUUUCGGCGGCUAGGUCUCGGUCUUCUCUACAGACGGCCACACACGCGCGCGCACGCAAAAGAAAAGGAUAAAGUUUUUUCACGAAUGCGACAUAU